CUAGUAAGCAUUGAUUAAAUGACAGUGAUGACAGUUGUUAUUAUAAAGAUAUUUGUCAUUUGUUUUAGGUGCUUGUUCCAUCAAGGCACAGCCUAUUUUCUCCUUUGCUCGGCGUGACAUCAUUCAGACGCUUCUACAGAGGUGACAGCCCAGCAGAUUCCCAAAAAGACAUGAUUGAAAUCCCUUUACCUCCAUGGCAGGAGAGAACUGAUGAAUCCAUAGAAACCAAAAGAGCCCGCCUCCUCUAUGAGAGCAGAAAGAGGGGAAUGUUGGAAAACUGCAUUCUCCUUAGCCUUUUUGCCAAAGAACAUCUGCAGCAUAUGACAGAGAAGCAGCUGAACCUCUAUGAUCGCCUGAUUAAUGAGCCUAGUAAUGACUGGGAUAUUUACUACUGGGUCACAGAAGCAAAACCUGCCCCAGAAAUAUUUGAAAAUGAAGUCAUGGCAUUGCUAAGAGACUUUGCUAAAAACAAAAACAAAGAGCAGAGACUGCGUGCCCCAGAUCUCGAAUACCUUUUUGAAAAGUCACGUUGAGCUGCACCACUACCUGCCAUGGGGGUUCAAUCUGUGGACAGUAACUGCUUAUGAUGGACACUCGCAUUGGCUUCCUGCUUCUCUUUAGACUCAGGUCCUCCCUGCCCCAGACCAUUGGUCCUGCCUCAAGUGAUGGACAUACUUCUCUUUCAGGGCAUACAUGUAAAGUGUGGUGUGACUCACUCUCCUAGUUUUUUGUUCAGUGGUUUGCAGACCUGACUGCUUUGUCUGGCUGCUAGCCGUGAAGGCAGGUUACCGCAAGAGGGCACUAUACGGGAAGCAAUUAUGCUUGCUCAUUGAGCUUAUUGCACUCAAUGCUUCAGCCCCAAGUGUGUUCAAAGAAAAGAGGCAGCCAGCUGUGUGUGCUAUAUGGAAGGCUGCUUUUCCUCCCCCUCAUUGCCCCACCUCCAGUGGCCCAAGGCUUUGUUACAAUGAAACUUCCCCCUUCCACCCUAGUAUGGUUCUUUCCACCAAGGGAAGCUGAUCCCAGCCCCCUGGGCUACAUCCUUCAAAGGCACAGCAGGCAGAAUGAGGGCGCAGGUGGGAGUGGUGUGGGCAUGCUGCUACAAGUCAACAUCUUCAUCGUUAGGUUUUCUUUGAAAUGUGCACUUUGUAAAUUGAAAGAUAAUUAAAUAUUAAAGAAUACCGAAGAAAAGAAA